ACGUGUUGUUGUGACAGCCACUGAGAAAACUCAAAAUCAGCUGACUGAUUAGAAAAUCGGGGUAAACAUCAGUGAAUUUCCGCCCCAAAUGGCCAUAAUCAGCGCAUAAUAAGGCACAGAACGUAAUUAAGCAGUUCGAACCAUGGGAGAACAACGCCACAAAGAUAUCCUGGACAAUACAAACUCAAACGGGCCCUCUGAAGGAGCUGAACUGGAGCCGCCCGUCGAGGAAGAGGAGGAUGUGGAGGAGCUGACUGUUGCUGAGUACCAGCAGUUGGACAGGCAAUUGGACGCCUUGUUUACUGCUUUGGAUGACAUCGAAAACAAGAACGACAACAUUCAUGCUCAGCUGCAGCAGCUGCUCAACGCUAACAGGGAGAUCAGAACGCAGCUGAAUGAGGAGCCGCAGGAGACGAGUGAUGGGGCUGCGCCAGCCAAUUAGUAAAUUUUCUGAUUUAACUAGCUACAUUAGGUGUACAAUAGAUUCACUUGAUUUGCGUAAAUGGCGCUCAGAGUUUAGCAAAUUGCUUAAUACAUUCCCCUCGCCCGUGAAUUAUUGUAGCUUUAUACAUUUAGCGGUUGCAGAUAAUAUAUUAUUUGAUGGUUGAUUAA